AUGGGAGACGACAGCGGGAUACGUGAAGGAGGCGAUGGAGUCGCCUGUGGGCAUAGGAAUUCGGGACCAAAUAUCGAGAGGUUACGGCUGAUGGGCUUUGGCUUCGUCGUGGCCUUCAGUUCCUCCAUCUCCUUUGGCUUUGGUUUCGCCUUCAACAUGGACACGAGCAAGGUAGGUGUAGAGAGCGAGACGGUUGUUGCAGCAAUCUCUACACCCGCUGGUGAAAAUUUCUUGUUAUUAUCCGAUGAGCUAGAGAAAGCCUUGGGCAGUGAAAAAGCACUCUGCCCCGGCUCGCGUUUUUCAGCCUGA